GUAGACAGCGGAAGCUUUUCAUAGUAACAAAGCAAUGAACGGGACCGUUCCGGAAGAAGUGGUGGCAGAGUAAAACCAAUAAACUCUCGGUUGUGUUUUUAAAGAUAAGUGUCAACGUGAAGUGAGUCCAAGUUUUUGUGUGUUUAUUUUGAACGUUUACGGCGGGUCUAAACCAGCAUAGCCUACAGCGGGGAACUGAAAUGGAGGUAGAAAAGGAAAUCAAGAAGAUGACCCUGGGCCACGAGAUCGGCGCCGGGGCGGCGUGUCUGAAAUGCAAGGACAAGUGUGAGGGGUUUGAGCUACACUUCUGGAGAAAGAUCUGCCGGAACUGUAAGUGUGGUCUUACGGACCACGAUGUGCAGAUGAACUCUGAUGAUAACAGGAAGGUGGGCAAGCUGUUCGAGGAUACCAAGUACACUGGCCUCAUUGCCAAGCUCAAAACUGACGGUGUACCCACGUACAAGGGCAACCAGGUCACCUUCUCCAUCUCUGCCAGCCCCAUAUCAGGAACCGCUAUUCCAUACAGUCCCCAAUCUGCCCACAAUGUGCCAGCCAAUGCUGGCUAUGGGGAUGGAGCUGGCUAUGUGGCUGGAACUGGGCCCAGGGCUGGAGCUGGUAAUGGGGCUGGGGCCGGAGCUGGGGCUAGCUAUGGUGCUGGGACCGGAGGUGGAGCUGGGGCUGGACCCGCUACCAUGCCCAAACCUGGGGCAAUCAGAGCCACUGCUGUGUCAGCCAAUGUCGUACCAGUCAGGAAGGAUGCCGUGCCCAUGAAGUCUGUUACCUACGAGUGGGCUCCUCCAGGGGUGAAACAGUACAUGGCGGUACGCUACAUCGAGCUCCUGCCCCCAGAGAGGCGUCCCAUAGCGGGCACGGAGGGUGCAGCCUACCGCCGGCAACAGAUGGCAGUGCAGCUACCGGAGCACGACCAGGAUCCGGCCAAGUGCCACGAGCUGACCCCUGCAGAGGUCAAACAGAUGCAGCAGUACGUCCGCAAGUACAAGGACGAGGCCCUGGGAGUGGGAGACAUCAAACUGCCUGAGGAGAUGAUGGGUCAGGCUCCGGGUCAGGAGGGAGGACCAGGACAGGGAGCGCCAGGCAUGCGCGGAUGUAGGAUGGGAGCCCCUGGGCUUCCAGUUGGGGCUGGGGGAUCCUUUGGGCCUGGAGUUGGGGCUGGGGGAUCCUUUGGGCCUGGAGUUGGGGCUGGGGGAUCCUUUGGGCCUGGAGUUGGGGCUGGGGGAUCCUUUGGGCCUGGAGUUGGGGCUGGGGGAUCCUUUGGGCCUGGAGUUGGGGCUGGGGGAGCCUUUGGGCCUGGAGUUGGGGCUGGGGGAGCCUUUGGGCCUGGAGUUGGGGCUGGGGGAGCCUUUGGGCCUGGAGUUGGGGCUGGGGGAGCCUUUGGGCCUGGAGUUGGGGCUGGGGGAGCCUUUGGGCCUGGAGUUGGGGCUGGGGGAGCCUUUGGGCCUGGAGGUCCUGGUCAUCGAACAAGACCUGGGUCUGGGAGUAUACUCGGGCUAGUGGAACAGGUUCAGCCUAGGAUGGGGGCUGGAGGUUACCCUGGGGCAGGAGAAGGUAGACCAGGAGACAUGGGCACUGCUGCCACUGCUGGGGCCAUGGGUACUCCGGGAGCCCCUGGAGAUCACCUGGCUGAACCCUGUGGACACUAUUCGUGCCACCAGUGCCAGCUGCCCAUGCGUCAGGGUGAGCCUGCGGUGUAUGCAGAGCGUGCUGGCUAUGACAAUCUGUGGCACCCAGCCUGCUUUGUGUGCUGCACCUGCUCAGAGCUCCUGGUGGACAUGAUCUACUUCUGGAAGAAGGGACAGUUGUACUGCGGACGCCACUACGGAGACAGUGAGAAGCCACGCUGCGGGGGCUGUGACGAGCUGAUCUUCAGUAAUGAGUACACGCAGGCCGAGGACCAGAACUGGCAUCUGAAACACUUCUGCUGCUUUGACUGUGACUGUGUGCUGGCUGGAGAGACGUACGUUAUGGAGAACAACAAGCCUGUCUGCAAGCCCUGCUACAUGAAGAGCCACGCCGCGGUGUGUACGGCCUGUCAGAACCCAGUGGAGCCCGAGGCCCAGCGCGUGUCCUACGGGGAGUUCCACUGGCACGCUGAGCCUCAGUGCUUCCAGUGCUCCUGCUGUGCUAAGUGUCUAAUUGGAGAGCGCUUCAUGGCCGUACAGGGAAUGCUCUUCUGCUCUGUCGAGUGCAAGAAGAAGACCAUGACCUAGAGAAGACCGUAGUGUACCGUACAACAGCUCAGCCUUCUCCGGCCUCCCGACCACAGUUGUAAUUUGAACUAAGCCUGGUCUAGAAUACAAACAAUAGUCUUACAAUGGAAUUAUUAAUUUGCCUUGACCACAAGAGCUUAGCUAAUGAUUUUCAGUUUCUAAGUUCCUGAUGAGAUGGGGAAAAUAAUGCCUUAAAUCUAUUGAUUAGUCUUCUCUUAACAAGAUUCUCCUCUACAUCUUCUCUUUGUUUACUGAGAUUCAUUUGGUUGGCGUUUUGUUUCAGCACACUUUUCUUCUUCUGAGUUUAAAGCAGCUAUGAAUGAUUCUCAACUCUGUCUACUCAAGUAUCUUUUGGUAUUGUAUCAGGAUCCCCAUUAGCUGUUGCGAAAGCAGCAGCAGCUACUCUGCCUAGGGUCCACAGAAAACAUGAACCUUGACAUAGUACAGAACAUUACCAAUGAAAUGAUCAGAAAUCGUCAAGUAGUUAUCUGUACUGUGGCGUCAACUUAUCUACUGCCUUCUCUCCUUCCUGCAGUCUUUUAUAUUAUAAUCAGUUUCCCUCGCAGUCUUCACAAUAAGUGCCAUUGGCUUUCCUUUAUUUCUCUUGCACUUUAUAUUUUCUCACACUGUAACAACCUAAUAAAGUUUUUUGCAAUGA